AUGGCUAAUGAUGAAGAAAUCGAACACAUCAAUGUGGACUCAAGCAAGGAGUCCAAUAUUGACUCAAAUAGUCCAUUAUACAUGCAUCCAUCGGAUAAUCCUGGUGCAAUAGUGGUACCAGUCCCCUUUAAUGGGAUUGGAUACAAAUCUUGGAGACGGAGUGUGCUUCAAGCACUGUCAGUUAAAAAUAAACUAGGUUUCAUUAAUGGUGAUUGUAAGAAACCAGAUCUAGAAUCUCCAAAGUAUAGACUAUGGGAGAGAUGUGAUGAUAUGGUCACCUCAUGGAUUUUGAAUUCCUUGGGGAAGGAAAUUGCUGAUAGUGUGGAAUACGUUAAUGAUUCUGUCGAGUUGUGGAAAGAGCUGGAGGAUCGUUAUGAUCAGACGAUUGGCGCAAACCUGUACCAAGUUCAGAAAGAGAUUAAUGAUCUGUCGCAGGGAACACUAGAUAUUACUGGGUACUAUACUAUGAUGAAGAAGUUGUGGGAAGAAUUUAGCACUUUAAGUGCAAAAACACAAUGCAGUUGUAAUUGUACUUGUGGAGCCAAGGAGAACAUGCACAAAGCUGAACAAGAUAGACGAUUGAUCCAGUUCCUUAUGAUAUUUAUUGAAGUGUACACUAUGGCAAGGGGGAGCAUUCUCACGAUAAAUCCCCUGCCAUCUUUGGCCCCAGCCUUCUCUUUGCUGAUUCAAGAGGAGAAACAAAGAGAGAUCAAACCUAACAACCAACUGAUGAUCGAGUCUGUCUCUUUAAAUGUAAAUACCUCUAAGCAACCCACUUUCAAGACCAAUUAUAACCCAGGAAACAACUAUACAUCCAAUAGUAGACCUCGUCCUGUGUGUGAGCAUUGUAGAAAGCCGGGACAUACCAAAGAUAAAUGCUAUAAACUCCAUGGAUAUCCUCAAGGCUUCCAGAACUCUAACCAACCUUUCCAAAAUAACAAUCAGAGGUUUCAAGGAGCUAAUCAGAUCUUUCAAAAUCCCAAUCAAGAUUUCAGGUUCAAUAGAGGAAAAAGAACAGUAGCAAAUGUUCAUGGUCCUCCAACUGAUAUGAUGACUAACAAUGGAGAUGAGGGUGAGCACCAUAAUGAGAGUCAGGGAAUGAGUUUCACCAAAGAACAAUAUGGUCAACUCAUGAGCUUGCUGCAACACUUCAAAACCAGUAGUGGAGGGGAGGAUCCCAACAGUCUGAACUUGAGCUCUGGAGCUGCCAACUUUGCAGGUAUUAUAGUCUGUACCUCUUUAGUUGAUUUUGGUAAAUUGUCAUGUAGGUGCUUUAAAUCUAAGAUUGAUACAUGGAUACUAGAUUCAGGGGCCUCAAAUCACAUGACCUUCAAUAGAUCUUCAAUGUGUGACAUUACUAUCUUACCUUAUCCCCUAUUAGUCGUAUUACCAAAUGGUUACAAAGUUCGAGUAAUAGUAGUUGGAAGUGUGAAACUUGCACCUAGGAUUGUGUUACACAAAGUCCUCUUUGUCCCUUCUUUUAAAUACAAUCUCAUUUCUAUUCAUUUGUUGACCUUACAUCUCAGAGGAAUUGCAUUCUUCACUGAUGGUAUUUGUAUGUUGCAGGCCCCUUCACUGAAGAGGCCUCUGGAGAUUGGUAGAGUCAAGGAUGGACUUUACCUCUUGUGCUCUCAAUGCUUGAAACACAAAGAUGCCAGUUCUUCUUCUAUUACAAUCAAGUCUUUCGUUCCUUGUUUGUCUGUUCACCCAUGUGAUUUCCAAGAUGCUUACUUUCCAUCUGUACGUAAUCUCUUUUUGAAUAAAAUAACAUCUGCUAGUAGUGAUACUGACGUAAAUGUUCCAUCAUCUGUAAAUAAAGUUAGAAGUUGUGUUUCUCUGAAUUCCCAUACAUCUCAUGAGAAUGAUAUUCUGUGGAACAAUAGACUUAGGCAUGUGCCUUUUGUGAAAAUGAAGAGAAUAACAACCUUUUGUGUGCUCAAUAUGCCCUAUGGCCAGACAAAACUGACUACCUUUUCCUUAAAGAACCAGCACUUCCAGUAA